AUGGCUUUCCCGCAUGUCCGCAGAGCCCGGUCCAUGGAGCUGGACAAGAAGGAUCGGCUGUCAAACCCCUUUCAUCUGCGUCACAGCAACUCCACUAAAUCCGUCAAGACCUGUGCCCAGCUAAGCCUUGAGGAUAUCUUACAGGGAACCACCAAUGCUGCGGUCUCGGCGCAGGCGAGAGCGCUCCUGGAGCCCAGCGUCAAACCUCGUGAUGCUAAACCACGUCUACUCCUCAUGGGACUUCGCCGGAGUGGCAAGUCAUCCAUUGCCAGUGUGGUCUUCCACAAGAUGCCACCAAAUGAAACUCUCUUCCUCGAAUCCACCACACGCAUUCAGAAAGACUCGAUCCACUCUUUCAUGGAUUUCCAAGUGUGGGACUUCCCCGGGCAGCUUGAAUACCUUGAGCCAUCUUUUGACCUCGAAGAUAUUUUCGGGAGCCUGGGCGCACUGGUGUGGGUGAUCGAUGCCCAAGAUGAUUACCUCGACUCAGUAGCCCGUCUGAACCGCACGAUCCUGACCGUCCAACAGUAUUACCCUGGAAUUAACGUCGAGGUUUUCAUUCAUAAGGUUGAUGGACUCUCUGAUGAAUACAGGACGGACGCAUAUCAGGAUAUCAUUCAGCGGAUCACCGAUGAGCUUAAUGACGCCGGGUAUGAGAACGCGCCCGUACAUUUCUACCUCACCUCCAUCUACGACUACUCCGUUUUCGAAGCCUUCAGCAAGGUCAUCCAGAAGCUUAUUCCCAACCUCUCUACACUCGAGAACCUCAUCACCACCCUGGGAAACAACUGCGGCUUCGAAAAAACCUACCUCUUCGACGUUUUGAGCAAGAUCUACAUUGCCUCAGACACACGCCCCGUCGACAUGGCGUCCUACGAGAUGUGCUCCGACUACAUCGAUGUCAUUGUCGACAUCUCCGAACUGUACUCAUGGGAUCACCCUCUUCGCAAGCACAAAGGUGACCAGGUGCAGGAGGCUGAGAGCCACGUCGUCCUGCACGACGAGACAAUGAUUCAUCUUAUGGAAAUGAAUAAGUAUCUGUGCCUCGUCUCGGUGAUUCGAAACCCGGAGGCCCGGGAGAAAAAGGGCCUCAUCGACAUGAAUUGCCGGACCUUUCAGGAGGCCCUAAACGACGUUUUCUCGCGGAGCUGGGAGCACCCAGAGGACCAUGCGACCAAUUAA